GAGAAAUAAAAGAUAAUGAAGAAAAAUGAAGAAAAAUUGGUUGAUUUUAUCCGAAUAAUAAUCAGUAGCCACUCAUUUUCCGAAUAAUAAUGAAGAAAAAUGUAAAAAAAAAAAUGAUACAAGAAUGCGGAGAAGAGUUUCCCUCCAAAAACAGAGCGAAUGAAGCAUCAACAUAGGUUGGUUUGUUUUUGAGCCCAUCAAUCCAAAUAUUUGCUUACAAAUCCCUUUGGCGCUUUCUCUCUUCUCUCUUCUCUCAAACACUAUUCUACUUUGGAAACCUAUAAACAACACUCAUGGACGAUCCUUUGGAUUUCGAGGUUGAAGACGACCUUCUCUCACCACUUCCAAUCAACAACAAAAGGAAGAAAGUUAUUGGGUUGGAUGAUCUACUUAAUGAUCAUUACAAAGAACAGGAUAAGCUUUUAGAGAAGCAGAAUAAGGCUAAGAAAAAGGCUAAGGCUAAGGAAAAGAGGAAAUACGAUGAUGAAGAUCGUAAGGAAGCUUGGUUGACUAGGAUUGUUGAGAAAUGUCAUAAUCAGUUGAAAGCUUUUGGAGAAGAAAAUGACAUUUCACUCUGGGGGGUAAAAGUUUUUGGAGAACAGAAACCCUUUCCUCCUUUGGACUCUCCUGACCUUGGAAGUUGUAACUUCAUACAAUCUUUUUUUAACAAUAGACUAAAUUCUGUGGUGGAGUUGGCUGUAGACAAAGGAGGUAGCUUUCUUGAAGGGUUACUAACCAAUGGUUGGCUUUCAAAAUUAGCUUUUCUUUCUGGUCAUGUUGAAAAACCUGUAGCUAUUUGGGCCUUCAACACAAUGUUAUAUUCAUCGAAAGAAGAUCUUCAAAAUUCUUCCAGCAAUUUUUGGCAUGCAAUUCUCUCUUCUAGAAGGGAGGUUGAUCAAUUUUCUGUCAAAAUUGAUUGGUUUCCCGAGUACACAGAUUUGAGAAGUGCUCUUGACACUUACGGGUUUCUCUUUAAGUUUUCAUCCAGUGGUGAGCGUGAAAGUUCAGAUUCUAACAAUGAAGGUCCGCCUCAAAAUAUUAGAGCCUGGAUCAGAUUUGUCACUUCUUGUUGUCUGAUAAGGAGUAAAAAAGCUGUCUUCUCUACUGUAGAAGCUGAAGAGAUUGUUGAAAUUAUUAUAUGUAUGUUCCUAGAUCGUCGGUUUCAGGGGUUGUCGAUGCUUUUAAACGACUGCAUGCAAGCAACUGUUGAUUACUUUACUGACCAAGAAUGGUGCUCAAGUUGUGAGAACAUAGCAAAAUUCAUUGCUUGCAGAGUUUCGGAGGAUUUGAAUUGCAUCCAGACUGUUGAAUGUGUUUCAGAAGUUAGUUCUCGUUGUAAGCAACUUAGGAGCGCAAUUGCCUAUCAAAACCUGCUUUAUUGUUUUAAUGGAGCCAGCAGUGGAGAAGUGAUCCUCAAAUCACUUGAUGCAAGUAACUUCAGAGACAAAAGUUGUGAUUUCUUCAAGAUGUACAUUCACUUGGUUUUGGCAGAGAAUUGGGUUUUGUCCAGCUCACUUGUUGAAGAUGAUCCAGUAAUCUAUGAGAUGUUCUGUUCUUUUCUCAAAAAUUGUUCUAGCUUAAUUUCUGCGACCGACCUACGAUCUUAUGCGUCGAAGGUUCGUCAUAAGGCUUCGUAUCUUCUACAUUUCUCCAUCUAAAUAUGUUGAUUUGGCUCGAAUCAAGAUAUCUUGCAUAGCAUCAUAGGAUAUAAAUUGUAACAUGUUACAGCAGCAUACGUGCAGAAGAAUUCACCGGCAUGUCUGUGUCCAUUAGGUCCAGGUGUAUCUUAAGUUAAAAUCCAAUUGUGCUUUCCCUCGUUUCUUUUGUGCCACCAACUUGUAUUCAAGAAAAUUCUCCUAAUUUUGAAAUAGGGAUCAGAAUAGGAAAGGUCUGAAUUUUGAAGGAAAGUACUCACAUUUGACUCAUCUUGUAUUCUUACUCGUUGGAUAUUUAACUAGUGUUUAGAUUCAUUAUGAUAUUAUCUCAUUUUUUAUUUGAAAA